AUGCCGAGUCAGCUGGAGAAAGUGGUGGCGCAGAAAAAGCAGGCCAUCGAGGCGACCAUGGAGAUGUUUGAGAGGGGAGCGGAGGUGCUGGCCAGCAGUGUGGGUGAGCUCUUCCCCCUCUGCGAGGCAGCUGCCCCCGUUCUCCGCCUCGCCUUGGACAACGUGCAAAGCAAAGAGGUGUUCUAUGUGAAAGAGCAGUUUCUGGUGGUGCGCAACCGGCUGGACGUCCUCUCCUCCCAGCUGGAGGACAUAGACUGCGAGAUCAAGAAGGGCAAGCUGGACGCCCAGUACUUCUCGGUGGAGGAGAACCUGCGCAACCAGUUCCGCAAGUACCUGGACAUCCUGGAGGCCAAGCCCCAGUUCCACGAGGUCAAGACCAGGCUGUUCCUGGAGCACUUCGCCAAGACAGGCGGCGAGAAGAACCUCUGCGUUCUCUACGACGCGCUGAUGGGCACCAGUACCUUUGGAGAGUCCGUCCUGGAGGUGGUGGAGAGGUACGAGGCACGUAACCGCAGGGUGCUGGAGGACUUCUGUGUCCGUAUGAAGGAGCUCCUCUGCCUGGGUCUGAUCGCCCUGCUGGGCUACUGCGCCCUGAGCCCCGGAGGCGAGGAGGAGGAGCAGCAGAAGAUCCAGGAGUGGAGCGUCAACAUGCAGCAGGUGGAGACCAAGAUGAAGGCCGCCAUCGAGGCCUGUGUGGCCGCCUUCCCCGAGCAGGCCCAGCUGGACGUCCAGAAGCUCCUGAAGGAGAAAGAGAGCAAGAACCUCCAGGAGGUUGGCGAGGAGCUCCGAGACUUCCUGGUGCGCAAGUACGACUGGGUCUGCUGGUCCGUCCGCGUCGUCAACCACUCGGGCAGCAGCUACCGCAACUGGAGGGCCGGCGAGAACUUCCAGGCCGUGGGCGGCCAGAACUGGUUCGACGUCCUGCAGGUCAACGACACCAACCUGGUGGUGUCCUACAGCUGCAGCCCUCAGCCGGUGCCCAGGGAGAGCAUCCAGGAGCUGAUGGCGGGGCCGGUGAAGAGGGGUGACCCCAAGGCUGUGGUGGAGGCCCUGGAGAAACAGCUGGCCGGGUUUGUGGUCCACACCGUUAGCCGCCACAAGGAAAGCUGUGCCGUGUGGAACUUCCCAGAAGACUGCCAUUACUGGGAGAGGCACAAAAACGUGGCCGUCUGUGUGCACUCUGAGUGAAUGAAGCACACAACACAUACGCAACAUGUCUUGCUGACUGAGCUUUCUCUACACUCAUUUGCCUUGAAGUAGCCUAUAGCUCAGAUUUCUGAACUUUUCCUCUCUCAGCCCGAUACUGUGAGUACAACACAAGUGCAAUGAAAUGUGGUUAUUACCCAAGUGUUUUAGU